AUGACUCCGUUAGAUCGAUCAAAGUACACGACGGAGAUGUGGGUAGCCAAAAUAAGAGAGACAAAUGCUAAGGAUACAAGCAGAAGGGGCAUAACUUUCUACGAGGAGGACGCAGAAGGCAUCGGCCAAACAUACAAUUGCCCCCUCGUCAUCCAGAUUCGCGUGGCCGACUGCGACGUAACCCGAGUGCUCAUCGACACAGGCAGUUUGGUCGAUCUCAUCUUCAAAGAAGCCCUCGAGAAGAUGGACCUCCGUGGCAUCGAGAUGAAGCCAUCCGUCACUCCCUUAACCGGCUUCGCCGGAGAUACCAUUACAGCCAUUGGCACCAUCAAAUUACCGGUUUACGUAAGCCGGGUUGCAUUUGAUGAAGGCGGUCACAUCGACCUACCACCAAUGCCUCAAGUUCCCCAACCAGGCCGGACAGUCCGGAGCGACCAGAGGGUCUCGCGCUCAUGCUUCAUCAUUGAGCAUAAACUUUGCAACGCCGCUCGCACUCAGCUCUGCGCGACGAUUAGCCGCAAAGGAAUACCGACCUGCAAUGUUGUCGAACCAGGACUCUCAGGGAACCAAACCAAGAAGACCGUCCGUUCCGAGACCUCAUCAUUCAACGACAUACCCGACAUCAGCCCGACCAUAUGCAGCCAUGAGCUCAACGUAGAUCCAACAUUCCGACCCUUCAAGAAGAAAAGACGAAAGUUGGGCGUCGAACGUGCUCAAGCUGUGAACGACGAAGUGGAAAGAUUACUGGCAGUUGGUCAGAUCACCGAGAUAAAAUACCCAGAUUGGCUGGCCAACCCAGUCGUGGUGAAAAACAAAAACUGCAAAUGGAGGGUUUGUGUGGAUUUCACCGACGUGAAAAAGGCCAGCUCAAAAGAUAGCUUCCCACUUCCAUAA